CAAUGCAAAACUAUUUUCCUUCUUAACACGGAAGUACAUGACACGACCGAAUCGAACCUUUUCAACUUUUAAUGCAGUUUUAACGUGAACAAGAGGACUUAUGGGUCUGCCCCUUGUCGACAUGCCAACGGCGAAAAACAUGCCCGUGCUGCUGCUCCUCUGCACCUGCGUGGUUGAUGGCGCCGAGAAUCGCUCGGAGCAGGAGACAGAGUCCGCCAGUGUCGUGCUCAAGGAGGGAACAGACGCCUUGAUCGAGUGCAACGUGACGGGGGGCCACGGUGAUGUCAGAUGGUACGGUCCCGGCGGACGUCAGCUGGUCGAGGAACCAGGCGGGAAGUGGCUUAUCGAGGAAAAGGGGCAACUCAACAUCAGCGGUGUCUCCUUCGAGGACCGCGGGCGCUACAUGUGCGUAACAGACGGCGGCAACUACAGCGUAACCGUCCGCGUGGCCUAUACCCACAGCGGCCUGGGCGUCUACUUCGUGGGCGUUUGUCUUGUCGCCUUCUCCGUCACCAUGGUCCUCAAUGUGGCCCUGCUGGGCAUGGUCCGAAGCCACCUGAAGAAGACCGAGCGGGCCAUCAACGAGUUCUUCCGCACCGAGGGCGCCGAGAAGGUCCAGAAGGCCCUGGAGAUCGCCCGUCACAUUCCCAUCAUCACCUCGGCCAAGACAAUGGAACUGGCCAAGGUCACCCAGUACAGAACCAAGGAGUUUGCGCGGCACAUGGAGGAGCUGGCCCGCAGCAUCCCCAUGAGAAACUGA